AUGUGUACUAAAGACAUUUAAGACUUGAACUUUCAUUUUCUUCCCAGAGACUGACGCAUUGUAUAAUAAGUACAUGAUAAAAUCAGUAAUCAUAAUUAGUAAUGUCCUAUUUUUCAAACGAUGGAAAGAAGACGGGGGGAAAUAAAUGAAUAAUAAAAAAAAAAAAUCAUGAAGAACAUAUUCCAUCGGGUUCGGAAUCACAAUAAUCUUAUAUAGUAAACAAUACGCGGGAGAAGUUGAAAUGGACGAGAAUGAUUUCGAAUCACAGUAUGCGGAUGAAUUAGAUGCCCUUGAAGACUUUGAACCACCUGAUUUUUCGCCAUGCAAGACAAAGAGAAGUCUAAAAUUUGACACUCCAAAUGCCAAGCCUGCGAAAGACUUGAAUACCAGUAACUUGGAACCGUUAGAGAGUCCGGAAAAACAAAGCGGCAGUGUCGUUUUAUUAAAUGAUGAAUUCAAACGAUCAGAGAAAAGACUGAGGAGUGAUGAGGACUUUUCCAACUGGUCAGGAUGGGAUGACCAAGAUGAGGAUUUUCCAACUUUAAAGAGACAGAACAAAAAGGCCAGAACUAAUGACUUCGACAUCCCCCCUCCUCCUGCUGUUACAAUAGAAAAGAGAAUCACAGAUAUACGGACAAACCUUGUUCACCAGAGUGGAGAGAGAAAUGUUUCUGACUUGACAGAGAAUUAUGACUACGAAAGACCCAGAAUUCACAAAAGAAUUCCUAGUGGAGAUUUCAUAAGUACAACAAAUUCACAAGGGGAGAGAUUUUAUGUUAAACUCAAAGAUGAAACAACACUGUCAAAAGAGUUUGAUGAUGUUGGGAGAUCAAAGAAAAAGAGACAGCUGCUUUCAAUAUCUUUUGAGCAGCUGCGUGAACAGGCAGAGAAAUUGAGAGAAGAAAGGCUUAUUGCAGAGGCAGAGCACUGGACACGAGAAAUCCACAAAGACUUGUCGGAUAGACUGAGUGAUGUUGAUGACGAUGAAGAGGAAACUGUAUGUACUGAACCAGAAAAACUGCUGUGGGUGGAAAAGUUUGCUCCCAGAAUGUACACAGAUCUACUGAGUGAUGAGUCCAUAAACAGGACUUUAUUACACUGGUUGAAGCUGUGGGAUUACGUUGUGUUUGGAAAAGAUGUCAAAUUAAGGAAGAAGGAGGUUUCCAAGAAAGAAAAAGAGAAAGAACACAAAAAGAAGAAAUUCUUACCAGAAGUCAUUGAUGAGUUAGAUAAACACAACAGACCAGUGCAAAAAGUGGUGCUUCUAAAUGGACCGCCUGGCCUAGGAAAGACAACUCUUGCUCAUAUAAUUGCCAAACACUCUGGAUACAAUGUUGUGGAAAUGAAUGCAAGUGAUGACAGAAGUGCAGAUGUGUUCAAAACAAAAUUAGAGGCUGCCACACAAAUGAAGUCUGUGCUGGAAUCGGACCCCAGACCCAACUGUCUGGUGAUUGAUGAAAUUGACGGAGCACCACAAGCAGCUAUCAACGUUCUGUUAAAUUUUGUGAAGAGAUCUGAUGAAGCAGGAACUAAAAAGAAGAAAAAAGAUGAAGGGAUUCUUCUCAGACCAAUUAUCUGUAUCUGCAAUGAUCAGUAUGUCCCAGCUUUGAGACAGCUGAGAAUGCAGGCUUUAGUUAUUAAUUUCCCACAAACAGAACCAGCAAGAUUGGCCGGUAGAUUGUCAGAGGUUGCAAAGGCCCAAAGUUUGAGGACAGAUCUAAACACACUGCUAGCACUCUGUGACAAGACGGAAAAUGACAUCAGAUCCUGUAUAAAUACCUUGCAGUUUUGUUUUAGAGAGAAGAAGGAACUAACUAUGAGAGCUGUUCAGACCAUGAAUGUUGGUCAGAAAGACUCAAACAAAAGUUUGUUUUCCAUGUGGUAUGAGAUUUUCUCAUUACCAAGGGCCAAAAAAAAUAAGUUUAUAACCUUGCAUGAUAUACAGGGAAGAAACUGGAAAAAGAAUGAUAAUUUGUCCUUAGAGUCCAGGUUUAACAACAUUCUACAUUCAGCACAGUGCACUGGGGAAUACUCGAAACUUAUUCAAGGAAUGUUUGAAAAUUAUCUGGAAUGCAAAUUCAAAGAUCCAAAGAUGGAAGGGCUGGUGUUAGCCAAUGACUGGCUCUGCUUCACAGACCUGUUGAACUGUCAGAUCGCCCAGACACAGAACUACAGCAUUAUGCCUUAUAUACCCUAUGUAACGGUGACCUUUCACCUUUUGUUUGCCACAAACCAGCCCCAGAGAAUUCAGUAUCCACAUGCUGAUCAAGAGGCCUUUACUCAGAGACAGAAGAGCACCCACCUUGUGACCUCCUUAAUGUCGGACAUGUUGCCCUCUGUCAGGAAGUUUAUCAACGAAUCGGACAUGGUUCAGGAGGUCCUGCCUCCUCUGUUAGAUAUCAUACAACCAAAUCUCAGGCCUGUGAAUACCCAGUUGUACAGCGCCAGGGAGAAGGAGGAUCUAGCAGAACUGAUCAGAGUGAUGAUUGCUUACAACAUGACCUACAAUCAAGAGAAAACCCCAGAGGGACAAUACGCCUAUGUCCUGGACCCAAAUAUGGAAGUAGUUACUAGAUUUCCUGGUAUGAAGCAACACAAACAGCUGACAUAUGCCGCCAAACAAUUAAUUUCAAGAGAGAUUGGCCUGGAACGUUUAAGGAGAAACGAGACCCCUGUUCUAAGUUCCAAGGAGGCAAAAAAGAAUUUAGAUAAGGAUUCAGACUUCGUACCCAAUCAUUUGCAGAAACUGGAAGCAAAGCCAGUCAUGAGUAAAGAAGAAAUGGUUGAAAGAGAUUUUUUUGGUCGUAUCAUCAAGAGAAAGACUCCAGAAGCAAAGAAAGAAAAUGAGAAGGAGAAGAAAAAUGUGUUAAAUACAGACAUUUGGUUCCACUUCACCGAGGGAUUCUCAAAUGCUGUGCGGCGAAAUGUGAGAGUCAAGGACUUUUUAUGAAUACUAUAUUUAUAUAAACAUGUACUUUAUCAAGUGCUAAAAGAUAGAAUAAAAACCUCAAAAUAUUCA